CCGGAACUGCAACGAGAAUUAAUAUAAAAAUCAUUAUUCAGUCUAUUGAAGUGAUCAUUUAAUGAAUUUAAUUUUCACCACCCGGUUCCAGAAUGUUUUUUGCGCUGUUGGUGGUUUUUUUGGUUGUGGCCAUCAGUUUUCGAUUAUGGCAAGUGAAACAUUCGCAUUUUGGGAAAAAUUUCUAUGCUAUUCCCGGGCCAAAACCGCUUCCCGUUGUAGGGAAUUUGUUUCAACUUUUAAGUCCUGACACAGCACAUAUGUUUGAAAAGAUUAGGGAGAGGGCUGAAAAAUAUUAUCCAAUUUAUAAAUGUCAAGCUUUGGGAAGAUAUUAUGUGGCUUUAUGCAGUCCAGAAGAUAUGGAGUUAGUUUUAACCAACAUGAAACACAUCACGAAAAACAAAACCUACGAUUUCUUACAAAGUUGGUUGGGAACAGGUCUUUUAACAAGCACAGGCGCAAAAUGGCAAUCCAGAAGAAAACUACUAACCCCCUCAUUCCACUUCAGCAUUCUCCAAGAAUUCUUGAAAACGUUCAACGCGGAAUCUCAAAGCCUAGUGGAAGUUUUGAAAAAGGAAUGUCAUAAACCGUAUGUUAAUGUUGUUAACCCAAUCACCGAGUAUACUUUAAUCUCAAUUGGUGAAACCUCAAUGGGAACCAAUUUGAACUCCCCUGGCAGCUUGGAAAAAUCCGCCCAGUACAAAAAAGCAGUGUACACUUUUGGCGAUCUUGUAACGCAAAGGGUUGCCAGACCUUGGCUCUUCAUACCGGCUUUGUACAAAAUGACGGACAUGUGCAAAGAAGAAUCGAAUAUCGUCAAUAUUUUGCACAACUAUACCAACGAUGUUAUUCAUGAUCGCAAAAAGAAUUUCGUGGUACCAAAGGAGGGGGAGGAUGCAUCUUAUUCCACCAAGAAAAGAUUGGCCAUGUUGGAUUUACUCUUGAACUUUAAAGCCCAAGGUGCAGCUAUCACAGAUGAUGGUAUUAGAGAAGAAGUUGACACGUUCUUGUUUGAAGGACAUGAUACCACUUCUAUGGCUAUAUGUUUUGCUCUAAUGUUAUUGGCCAAUCACCCAAAAGUACAAGAUUUAAUCAUAGAGGAGAUUGAAGCCACGGUGCCAAACGACGAAACGCCCUCAUUCAAAGACUACCAGCAGAUGAGCUAUUUGGAAAGAUGCAUCAAGGAAUCUUUAAGACUGUAUCCUAGCGUUCCCUUUAUCGGUAGAGUGGCUGGAGAAGACAUCAAAACUAGUUCCGGCUACACAAUACCAAAAGGUUGCGACAUAAACCUUUACAUUUACGAUUUACAUCACAACAAAAAUGUGUACGAAGACCCUGAGAAAUACGACCCUGAUAGAUUUUUACCCGAUAACUGCAAAAACAGGCAUCCCUUUGCUUACUUGCCGUUUAGCGCUGGAGCUAGGAAUUGUAUAGGUCAAAAGUUUGCAAUCCUGGAAAUAAAAGCAGCAAUUUGCCAUAUAUUAAGAAGUUUUAAAUUAGAACCAGUGGACAGACCUGAAGACAUCAAAUGCAUUGUGGAUAUGGUUUUAAGACCGCAGGGGGAAAUUAAAGUGAAGUUUGUUCCUAGGACUUAACCCAAACAGUGCCAUAAAGAAAGAAAAGGAGUUUAUAUCAUUAAGUCGGGGCAAAACGAUGUCCAAAAAAGUGAUAUACAGGAUUGGCAAUAUAAGUAAAUUGACGUUUCACGAUUUAAAACCUUUAGUUCUUCAAUUAUUUAAACAUUACCAGUUUUGGUUUGGCCCCCUGGAUCACCAGAUUUAACUACCCCUGCCUCCAUACUAUUCUGUGAGGGUAUCUUAAGGAUAGUAUCCUGUACCAAACCAAACACGAUUUACUCAAACUUACCACACUGAAAGCUAUUUAAAACAUACCCCAUCAGUCCCCAAUCAGUCAGGUAUAUAUUGCCCACCCUGCAUUUGGACAUCUUGAUGCCGAAUGGAAAGAUUUAUUUUUAAUCUUUUAACAACUUUUAUUUAGUUUGUACAUGUUACAAAUUUAUACAUAUUUAUUUAUACAUAUAAAAAUUUAAAAAGCAAAA